GGGUUCUGUGAAAUAAUAAUAAUCAAAAUAUCAGUCAACUACAGACUGGCAAUUGAAAAACAUCACAUAUUUAUUUUAUUUAAGAAUAAACUAAAAAGAGAAAGGGGGUGAAAAAGAUAGAGGAAAACGAAAUAAAGAAAAAAUAUGAAAAAUAUAUGCAUAUUAUUAAGCCUAGGCUUAUUGCUGCAACUAUGUUGGGCUGAGGAUAAAUUUAUACGCGUUCCGGUGACCAAAAUACAGUCGGCUCGCAGACAUUUCCAUGAAGUUGGCACUGAAUUGCAACAAUUACGUCUUAGGUAUGGCUCUGACGUGAGCGGUGUCACACCCGAACCAUUAUCGAAUUACUUGGAUGCCCAAUACUAUGGUCCUAUUUCCAUUGGCUCGCCACCACAGAAUUUUAAAGUAGUUUUCGAUACCGGCUCCUCGAAUUUGUGGGUACCUUCGAAACAGUGCCACCUAACCAACAUAGCAUGUUUAAUGCACAAUAAAUACGAUGCGAAAAAGUCCAACACAUAUCAAAAGAAUGGUACCGAAUUUGCCAUCCAUUAUGGUUCGGGCAGUCUAUCGGGUUAUUUAUCAACCGAUGUUGUAAAUAUUGGUGGUCUGGAUAUAAAGCAUCAAACUUUCGCUGAAGCUUUAAGUGAACCCGGUUUAGUUUUUGUGGCAGCUAAGUUUGAUGGUAUUCUGGGUUUGGGCUACAGUUCCAUAUCGGUCGAUGGAGUUAAACCACCCCACUACAGCAUGUACGAACAAGGUUUGAUAAGCCAGCCUAUAUUCUCGUUUUAUUUAAAUCGUGAUCCUACCGCUCCCGAAGGUGGUGAGAUUAUUUUUGGUGGCUCCGAUCCCAAUCACUAUAAGGGCGAUUUUACUUAUUUGCCGGUCACUCGUAAAGCCUACUGGCAAGUGAAAAUGGAUUCAGCCUCAAUGGGUGAUUUAGAACUGUGCAAGGGUGGUUGUCAAGUUAUUGCCGAUACUGGUACCUCUCUUAUCGCUUUGCCUCCUGCUGAAGCUACCUCUAUUAAUAAAGCCAUAGGCGGUACUCCGAUAAUGGGCGGUCAAUAUAUGGUUUCUUGCGAUGCCAUACCCAAUUUACCUGUCAUCAAGUUCGUUUUGGGUGGCAAAACAUUUGAGCUCGAGGGUAAAGAUUAUAUUCUACGCAUUAAUCAAAUGGGUAAGAGCAUUUGUUUGUCUGGAUUUAUGGGCAUCGAGAUACCACCUCCUAAUGGACCUUUGUGGAUUUUGGGUGAUGUUUUCAUUGGUAAAUACUACACAGAGUUCGAUAUGGCCAAUGAUCGUAUUGGUUUUGCUGAAGCCAAAUAAAUUUCAAUAUGUAUAUGUAUGUAAGUGAUUGAUUUUAACAAUCGAUUGAUUGAUUGCGUUGCAGUUGCAAUCAAAAUCCAGUUUUAUUUCAAUAUUCUUGGUUUUUCGUCUCCCAAUUAUAUGUAUGUUGUGUGUUAAAAUUCAAUACGUAUGUUUAAUAAAACGAAUGUAACUUGUAAAAUAUUUUACUUGGAAAUAUAAUUUAACAAAAACUAUGAAA